AUGUGGCGGCAGCUGGGCUCUGGACGCCGGCUCCUGAGCGCCUUGCCUUCAGGUCCCUAACUCCCGGCCUCAGAUGACCAGGGGAAGCCUGGCGGGCCGCGGUGCCAGGACCGUGCCGCCCCGCCCCCUGGACGCCAGCUGCCGCACGAGACCCAGCGCGGGAUCACACAGCCCUUCUGCUUCCCACGGGUCUUGUGCCUGGCCAGCGCGGGCCUGAGCGUCGCCGAGGCCCCGGGACCCCCGCUCCGUUUCCCCUCUUCAUGCUUUGCUCUGAGAACGGCCCUUUGGUUGGAGCGUCUGGCUGUACAGUCAGUCAAGGGGGUGCAGGAAAAUCUGAAGCGGCAGAGCCCGGGCGUGGAACCUGACCGAGGAGUGAGUGUUCUGUACCAUGCCGUGGGAGCGGAGCGGCUCCGGUUCCGCCGUCUAAACCGCACGAAGCCCAAGGACCAGAGGCGUACAUCAGCCUGGACUUCCCCGUGCCCUGGUCUCUCAGCCCGCCGCCGCCGCCGUCCAGGCGGGCUUGGGAAUCGACCCCCCAUCGCCUUGGACCUUGGAGACACGCAGAUUCGUUUAACUGAGGCCUCCUCGGGGUCGGGCCCCCGGAGCGGACCUGGAGCUGGGACGCAGUGGCAGCCCCGCCUCCCGCCCGGGCUCAAGUUUCGACCCGAGAUUAGGGUCCAAACGCUCAUCGAGCGGCCGGCCACCAUGCCGCGCUCCUUCCUGGUCAAGAGCAAGAAGGCGCACAGCUACCACCAACCGCGUUCCCCCGGGCCAGACUACUCCCUCCGUCUGGAGACCGUGCCCGCGCCCGGCAGAGCAGACGACCCUGUGAACGCAGGCCAAGCGAAGGUGGAGCCCCGAGACCGUUCGUCCCCCGACUCUCAGCUAACCGAAGCUCACGACAAAGCCUCCGCGUCCCCCAACAGCUGCGAGGGCAGCGUGUGUGACCCGGGCUCCGAGUUCGAGGACUUCUGGAGGCCUCCUUCUCCCUCGGUGUCUCCGGCCUCUGAGAAGUCGCUGUGCCGGUCCCUGGACGAAGCUCAGUCCUACACCCUGCCUUUCAAGCCCUACGCGUGGAGCGGCCUUGCGGGGUCGGACCUGCGGCACCUGGUGCAGAGCUACCGGCAGUGCCCCGCCCUGGAGCGCAGCGCCGGCCUGAGCCUCUUCUGCGAGCGCAGCGCCGCCGCCGAGCCGGGACACCCGGCCUCGCUGUACAGCCCGGAGCCGGCCGCGGGCGGAGCCGGUGCGGGGCCACCCGGGAGCUGCGGCGGCGCAGGAGGAGCCACCAGCGGCGCGGGCCUGGGGCUCUACGGAGACUUCGGGCCUGCGGCGGCGGCCGGGGUGUACGAACGGCCGAGCGCAGCAGCCGGCCGGCUGUACCAAGAUCGCGGCCACGAGAUCCACGCAGACAAGAGCGUGGGCGUCAAGGUGGAGUCGGAGCUGCUGUGCACCCGCCUGCUGCUGGGCGGCGGCUCCUACAAAUGCAUCAAAUGCAGCAAGGUGUUCUCCACACCGCACGGGCUGGAGGUGCACGUGCGCCGGUCCCACAGCGGCACGAGACCAUUUGCGUGCGAGAUGUGCGGCAAGACCUUCGGGCACGCGGUGAGCCUGGAGCAGCACAAGGCCGUGCACUCCCAGGAACGAAGCUUUGACUGUAAGAUCUGUGGCAAGAGCUUCAAGAGGUCGUCCACGCUGUCCACACACCUGCUCAUUCACUCGGACACCCGGCCCUACCCCUGUCAGUACUGUGGCAAGAGGUUCCACCAGAAGUCAGACAUGAAGAAGCACACCUUCAUCCACACAGGUGAGAAGCCCCACAAAUGCCAGGUGUGUGGCAAAGCAUUCAGUCAGAGCUCCAACCUCAUCACUCACAGCAGGAAGCACACGGGGUUCAAGCCCUUUGGCUGUGACCUGUGUGGGAAGGGCUUCCAGAGGAAGGUGGACCUCAGGAGGCACCGGGAGACUCAGCAUGGACUCAAAUGA